AAAUGGCGUGAGUGUCCCUGCCUCUUUUCCUCCCUUUUCUAUUACCACACAAGACAAUACAACUACUGUUGCCAUGGUUGUUGCACUCAGUCUGAGAACAUUUGUUUAUUUUUGUAUUGUUGCCAAAAGGUGAGAAAAGUGAACAGCCUGUGUUUUUGUCAGGCUCAUUCUCACAGCUUCUAAAAGAAAAACCUUGGAUUUUGCAAAUCCACCCUCCAUCUCCAUUAUUAUCAUUAUGUAUUAUCUAUCAGGUAGAAGAAUACAUACAUACAUACAUACAUACAUACAUACAAGGAGUAGAGUAGAAUAGGUAAUUGAUUGGUUUCCUUUUCCCCUCCAUACCACCCUGCGAAUGCAUCUGCUUGGGACCUGAAAGCCAAGAAAUUUAAAGCCAAAAAGCAAUGGUGUCAUUCUCAGACAACACCUCUCUGUCUUGUCCUAACAAUCCUUCCCAAGCUCCCAAGUUUGCCAACACCUUCACCACUAGAAUCUUUUCAGAUGUUGCAGGGGACAUCACCAUUACUGUUGAUGGAGAAUCCUUUCUACUUCAUAAGUUUCCAUUGGUAUCUCGAAGUGGAAAGAUUCGAAAAAUGGUUGCUGAUGGAAAAGAUUACAAUGUUUCAAAACUAGAAUUGGUUAAUUUUCCGGGUGGACCACACACAUUCGAGCUCGCCAUGAAGUUUUGUUACGGCAUGAACUUCGAGAUCACUGCCGCAAACGCCGCCCUCUUACGUUGUGCGGCCGAAUAUUUGGAAAUGAGCGAAGAUUACCGUGAAGAAAACCUUAUUGCCCGAACCGAAGUUUACUUGAAUGAUGUUGUAGUUCAAAGUCUUGAGAAAUGUGUUGAAGUACUCUGUACUUGCGAGAAUCUCCCUCCAAUAGUUGAGGAAUUGGGAAUUAUAAAUACAUGUGUGGAAGCUAUUGCUAUGAAUGCAUGUAAAGAGCAAUUAGUGUCCGGUUUAUCCACGUUAGAUUGCAACGGCGAAUCAACGGAACUUAAAACCGGGUGUAUGGAAUGGUGGAUUGAGGAUCUAUCAGUCCUUAGAAUUGAUUAUUAUCAUAAGGUUAUCACUUCCAUGGCAAGAAUAGGUGUUAGACCAGACAGUAUAGUGGAAUCAUUGAUGCAUUAUGCUCAAAUAUCAUUGAAAAGUAUCGGAAAAUGUCAAAUUUGGAACCCGGCAAGACCGAACUCGAACUCCGGUACAACAGAAAAUGAGCAAAAGACAAUAGUGGAAGCCCUUGUAAAUCUUUUACCAACAUUGAAAAGCUCUAAUGUUCCAUUGAGUUUCCUAUUUGGGAUGCUUAGGAUGGCAAUCAUGGUAGAAGCAACAGUUGCUUGUAGGCUUGAACUUGAGAGGAGAAUAGCGUUUAGAUUAGAAAUGGCUUCACUUGAUGAUUUGCUUAUACCAUCUCUCCGAGCCGGAGAUUCUCUUUUCGACAUUGAUACUGUCCACCGAAUACUCGUAAAUUUCUUACAGCAAAUCGAAGAUGAAGAAAAUGAAGACAGUGGCGGAUACGAGUCGGAUGGCCUUGCUUCUCUAGGCCAUGGUUCUUUAUUGAAAGUAGGACGGCUUAUCGAUUCGUAUUUAGCUGAAAUUGCACCUGAUCCUUAUCUAAGUCUGCAGAAAUUCAUUGCUAUGAUCGAAACAUUACCAGAUUACGCUCGGGUUAUCGAUGAUGGUCUUUACAGAGCAAUUGAUAUAUACUUAAAGGCACAUCCAAUGCUAAGUGAUCAUGAAUGCAAGAAGCUAUGCAAAUUCAUAGACUGUCAAAAACUAUCUCAAGAAGCUACCAACCAUGCAGCACAAAACGAGCGACUCCCAGUACAAAUGGCAAUUAAGGUGCUAUAUUUCGAGCAGCUACGGUUAAAGAAUGCCUUGUGCGGGAGCAGUGGCGAUGGAUUCUUGUCCCAGAAAAUAAGCAGCGGUGUCCCGAGUGCCGCUAUGUCGCCUCGAGAUAACUACGCCUCGUUAAGAAGAGAAAACCGAGAACUGAAGCUCGAGAUAUCGAGAAUGAGAGUAAGGUUGAGUGAGUUGGAGAAAGAGCAAGUGGUGAUGAAACGUGGGAUGAUGGAGAAAUCGGGGAAUGGGAAGACUUUCUUCACUUCUUUAUCGAAAGGGAUCGGGAGGAUUGGGAUAUUUAGCGGUCCCGGCGGAGGAAAACGUCGCAAGCCACGCGGAUCAGAAGGGAAAAGCGGAAGGAGUCGAAGGUAUUCUGUGUCUUAAAACAUUUGCUUUGCUUGUAUUUAAUAGUAGGAAAGUAGUAGGACGUGAAGAAGCUUCUCAUUUCUGACUGUAUGUAUGUAUGUAUCUAUUUAUUUAGAUUUAACUACAAAAUUGACCUCAAAUUAUAUAUAUAUAUUAUUUAGGUACCUUUGUUUUA